CCCUUUUAUUUUUUUCUUUCUUGUCCAUUUUCCUCUUCCUUUUUUUUCCCUCUAAUUUCAUUUGCUUAUUUCCUUUUUUUCUUUGGGUUAUUUUCCUCUUUUGAAUUAGAUUCAAUUGUUAAUUUUGUUGAUUGAAAUGUAUUUUGGUGAUAAUUAAGCAUUUGCAAUUUGGAUAAUUUGGAUUUUUCGGUGGAUCGUAAUGGGUUAUUUGAAUUCGGUGUUGUCAUCUUCUUCUAAUCAAGUUCAUGCUGAUGAUGCGCCUGUUAGUGGCGGUGGAUUAAGUCAAAAUGGGAAGUUUAGCUAUGGAUAUGCUAGCUCGCCGGGAAAAAGGUCCUCCAUGGAGGAUUUCUAUGAGACAAGAAUUGAUGGCGUUGAUGGAGAGGUAGUUGGUCUCUUUGGAGUUUUUGAUGGUCAUGGAGGUGCUAGGGCUGCAGAAUAUGUGAAACACAACCUUUUCAGUAACCUGAUUAGGCAUCCAAAAUUUAUCUCUGACACCAAAUCUGCCAUAGCUGAUGCAUACAACCAUACAGACUCUGAGUUUCUGAAAUCAGAAAACAAUCAGCACAAAGAUGCUGGAUCAACUGCUUCUACUGCCAUACUUGUGGGCGAUCGUCUACUUGUUGCAAAUGUGGGCGAUUCUAGAGCUGUUAUCUGCAGGGGUGGCACAGCUAUUGCUGUUUCUCGAGACCACAAGCCUGACCAAACAGAUGAGCGACAGCGCAUUGAAGAUGCUGGAGGUUUUGUGAUGUGGGCAGGUACCUGGAGAGUUGGAGGUGUACUUGCUGUUUCUCGUGCUUUUGGCGAUAGACUUUUAAAGCAGUACGUUGUCGCUGAUCCAGAAAUACAGGAGGAAAAGGUUGAUGGCUCUCUUGAAUUUCUCAUCCUUGCAAGUGAUGGACUCUGGGAUGUUGUGACGAAUGAGGAGGCUGUCUCGAUGGUUAAGCCGAUCCAAGAUCCUGAAGAUGCAGCUAAGAGGCUGAUGCAGGAAGCAUAUCAAAGAGGCAGUGCAGAUAACAUCACCAUUGUGGUUGUCCGUUUUCUUGGUAGCCAAGAGGGUUCCUCACGUGGUGCCUCGGCUUAAAAAGUAAUUGCCACGUCUAACUCGUGGUAAUUAGACGACAAGAAAACCCAUCCC